GUAAUGAAUUCUUGAUUAAUUUGAUCGAUUCCCCCGGGCAUGUUGACUUUUCAUCUGAGGUUACUGCUGCUCUACGUGUUACUGAUGGUGCUUUAGUGGUGGUGGAUUGUGUUGAAGGUGUUUGCGUACAAACUGAAACUGUAUUACGUCAAGCUCUUGCUGAGCGUAUUAAACCUGUGGUAAUUAUUAAUAAGGUAGAUCGUGCCUUAUUAGAGUUACAACUUACAAAAGAAGAUUUAUAUACAGUAAAAUCAGUGAAUGUCAUUAUUUCAACGUAUUACGAUAAAGCUCUUGGUGAAAUCCAAGUAUAUCCUGAGAAGGGUACUGUCGCUUUUGGUUCCGGUCUUCAUGGUUGGGGAUUCACCCUUCGUCAAUUUGCUGAGCGUUACUCAAAAAAAUUCGGUGUUGAUAAAGAAAAAAUGAUGCAAAAGCUUUGGGGUGAAAACUUUUUUAAUCCUGCCACAAAAAAAUGGACCACUAAAGGUAAUACUCCCGAAGGAAAACAGCUUGAACGUGCUUUCUGUAUGUUUGUAUUGGAUCCUAUAUUUAAAUUGUUUGAUGCCAUCAUGAACUUCAAAAAAGAAGAGACAACCAAAAUGUUGGAAAAAUUGGAAAUUGUCUUAAAGGUUGAAGAAAAAGAAUUAGAAGGAAAAGCACUUUUAAAAAUUGUAAUGAGAAAAUUCUUACCUGCAUCAGAUGCUUUACUGGAAAUGAUAGUAAUUCACUUGCCAUCACCUGUAACUGCUCAAAAAUAUCGUGCUGAAAUGUUGUACGAAGGUCCUGGUGACGACGAGUGCGCUAUGGGAAUAAAAGAAUGUGAUCCUAAUGCACCUCUAAUGUUGUACGUGUCUAAAAUGGUACCUACCUCUGAUAAAGGUCGUUUCUAUGCUUUUGGUCGUGUGUUUUCUGGUACCGUAAAAUCUGGACUCAAAGUUCGUAUCCAAGGUCCUAAUUACGUACCUGGAAAAAAGGAAGACUUAUUUUUAAAAUCAAUUCAACGUACAAUUCUUAUGAUGGGUCGUUAUGUCGAACCAAUUGAAGAUUGCCCAGCUGGUAACAUAGUCGGUUUAGUUGGUGUAGAUCAAUAUUUACUUAAAUCAGGUACCAUCAGCACAUCAGAAAUUGCUCACAACUUAAAGGUUAUGAAAUUUUCUGUGUCGCCUGUCGUCAAAGUAGCCGUUGAAGUAAAAAAUGCAAAUGAUUUACCUAAAUUGGUCGAAGGCUUAAAACGUCUUUCAAAGUCAGAUCCCUGUGUCCAAUGUUAUACAGCUGAUACUGGUGAACACAUUAUUGCUGGUGCUGGUGAAUUACAUUUAGAAAUUUGCUUAAAAGAUUUGGAAGAAGAUCAUGCUCAGGUUCCAAUCAAAACUGGUGAUCCCGUUGUGUCAUAUAGAGAAACAGUACAAACUGAAUCAUCAAUAACUGCUUUAUCAAAAUCACCAAAUAAACACAAUCGUCUAUAUGUGAAAGCUUUCCCUAUGCAAGAAGAGCUCUCCAAUGAUAUUGAAAGUGGGAAAAUAACACCACGUGAUGAUUUCAAAGCACGUGCACGUGUUCUUGCUGAAGAAUAUGGUUGGGAUGUUACUGAUGCUCGUAAGAUUUGGUGCUUUGGUCCCGAAACAACUGGUCCUAAUUUAUUAGUUGAUGUAACAAAGGGAGUACAAUACCUUAGUGAAAUCAAGGAUUCAUGUAUUGCUGCGUUCCAAUGGGCAACAAAAGAAGGUGUUUGUUCAGAGGAAAAUAUGAGAUCAUGUCGUUUCAAUAUACUUGAUGUUGUGCUACAUGCUGAUGCCAUUCAUCGUGGUGGUGGUCAAAUUAUUCCAACUUGUCGUCGUGUCCUCUAUGCUGCUGUUUUAACAGCUACUCCCGGUAUUAUGGAGCCUGUUUUCCUUGUCGAAAUUCAAUGUCCAGAAGGUGCAAUGGGUGGUAUCUAUGGUGUAUUAAAUAGAAGACGUGGUCAUGUCUUUGCUGAAGAACAACGUCCUGGUACUCCAUUAUAUAAUGUCAAAGCAUAUUUACCAGUAAGUUAUCUUAUUACUAAUUUACGUUCAAACACUGGUGGACAGGCUUUCCCACAAGCUGUAUUUUCACAUUGGCAACUUAUGAAUGGAACACCUUUAGAACCAGGAAAAAUAGCUGAUAUUGUUAAAACCAUAAGGAAAAGAAAAGGUCUUUCUGAAGAAAUUCCAAGUUUAGAUAAAUACUUGGACAAAUUGUAA